GUUCUCUGUUCCAAAGGCUUUGAGGUAAAUAAAGAAAACUACUAGUCUUCUUUUUCAACGCCUUUCCGUUUCCUUGUUCUGUUUAUCAACAUUUCGUCGGUUCUAUGUUUUCCUUACGAACUUCAUGCCGUUUGGAUUCUUGCGUCUUAGAUUUUUUCUUUUGGUCCACCAUUUUCACCGUGAACAUCGUCGUCAAUUCACUAAUUUUACGUACAUUUAUCUAAAUUUAUUUGUGAUAGUUUUUUAUUUUUAUUUUUAUAGUUAAACUUGAUUUCGUUAAAACUAUUUUUUUUUGGAGGCUUGUUACUUAAAAAUAGAACUAUUACCAAGUUGAAAUAUUUCUCAUGCCAAACAUUGAACCGGAUCCAUAACCGAUCAGAGCUAAGGUUUUUUAAAUUAAAUAAAAAUUAAGUCAAACGGGUCAAAUAAUGGUCAUAACUCGGUUAAUACCGGUUUAAUUUUGAAUACUCCUUCAGUAAUACAACCAUUUUACAACCUUCUAUUUUUGAGAGACCAAUUCAUCAUUGUAGUGACAUAGUACACAAUUAAAUUUUUGUUGUCCAUACACGUGUUAUAUGCAUACAAGAUACAUACGUACGUAUAUAAAUUCGUAUAUGAUUCAUCUUUUGUCUGUACAUGCAUGAUUGCAUGUAGUACUAAAAAUUAUUAGGAGCCAAUUAGUGGUUGAAAUUCGCUGAAUCUCUCAGUUCACGUUUAACAAAAAUCUUAUCCCCAGUUUUUUUGGGACAUAGCAACUUUGUGUCCAUUCAUUACACGAAACUAUUUCUGUUUUUUUUUUUACAAAUCUAAUCUGAAAACAAAAAACAAAUCGGUCCUUAUUAUCCAUGCAAAAUCUCUGUGAAAUAUCAGAACUAAAACCCUAAAAAAGAAACACAAAUAUUUAAGAUUUUCUUCCCUGAUCCAAUCAAUUGUUUCAGAAAAAAUGGAGUUCGAGAACCGGUACGGACUUGCAACGUCGCAGAAGUACGACUGUCUCUUGUUCGAUUUGGACGAUACUCUUUAUCCUCUUAGCUCCGGAAUCGCAAGAGAAUGUGGGAACAACAUCAAAGAUUACAUGACCGAGAAACUCGGUAUACCUAAGGACAAAAUCGUCGAAUUGUCUGAUCUUCUAUACAAGAACUAUGGAACAACAAUGGCUGGUCUUAGGGCGAUCGGAUAUGAAUUUGACUACGAUGAGUACCACAGCUUCGUCCACGGUCGUUUACCCUAUGACAACAUAAAACCCGACCUUGUUCUUCGCAGCCUCUUGCUUAGCCUCCCUCUCCGCAAAGUCAUCUUUACCAACGCGGACAGAGUUCACGCGGCCAAGGCGUUGAAGAAGUUGGGAUUAGAGGAUUGUUUCGAAGGAAUCAUAUGUUUCGAAACGCUAAACCUCAUGCACACAAACGCUGCGUCUAACAAUUCCGAGAUUUUUGAUAUCGUUGGACAUUUUAACCGGUCUGAACCGGUCGGUUCACUUCCCAAAACGCCUGUUGUGUGUAAACCAUCUGAAUCUGCUAUCGAGAAAGCUCUUGAAAUCGCCAAUAUUGAUCCUAACCGAACGCUGUUCUUUGAGGACAGUGUCCGAAACGUACAAGCUGGAAAACGCGUUGGUCUUUACACGGUUCUGGUUGGUAAAUCGACCAAAGUCAAAGGAGCGGAUUACGCGUUGGAAAACAUUCACAACAUGAAAGAGGCGAUACCGGAGUUAUGGGAAUCCGACAGGAAAUCGUCGGAUGUUGGAUAUUCCGGCAAGGUCGCCGUUGAGACUUCUGUUAGAGCUUAGGAGGAGUACUGUUUCGCCGUUGUACCUAAUUUUCCACCACUGUCAUUUUCAUUUUCUUUUUUCAAAUGACGUAAUGUCAUUUUUGUUUUUUUUUUCGACUUGUGUUUAUAAAAGAUUAAUAAAAAAUGAGAAAAUAAUUUCCAUCUA